AUGGCGGCCCCGCAAGACGAGACGUUGCUGUCGCGCUGCGAAGUCCCCAUCAUUGACCUGGCUCACAUAGUUGCAGGGACGGAUGGGUGCCCCAUGAAAUCUGUGGUGAGGCGCAUCGGCCAGCAACUGUUUGCAGCCCUCAAUGGGAAGGGUCUCGCUAUGUUAGUCAACCAUGGCAUUGCUGACGAGAAGUUAAAGGCUGUGUACGCAGAUUUGGAUAACUUCUGUGCACUACCAGAGGGCUGCCAAGCGCAGUACCUCCGGAAUCCCGUCAGCAAUCAUGGUUACGUGCGACCGGGAAUGGAACAAUUCGAUAGCACUAAAAAGGAGCUGCGUCACUCGUUCAACAUCACCACGCUGUCGGCGGCCGCGUUCCCCGCGCAGGAGGAGGUGCCCGAGUUCACGCAGCACGCGGUGCCCCUAGCGCACGACCUCACCAACCUUUCGCGCGUGCUGCUGCAGGCGCUCGCCUACGCCCUCGGGCUGCCGCCGGCGACGCUGCUGGGCAGCCACGCGGGCAUGCUGCGCAGCGACGGCGUGAACCCGUCGAGCAUGCGCCUGCUGUACUACCCGCCGGUGCCGCCGGACGACGGGCCGUGCUGUCGCGACGGCGGCUACACGCGCUGCGGCGCCCACGCGGACCGCUGCACGUUCACGCUGCUCGCGCAGGACUCCGAGGGCGGGCUGGAGGUGAAGCUGAACGGCAGCGAGAAGUGGCAGGCGGUGGGGCACCUGCCCGGCGCGAUCCUCGUGCAGACGGGCGAGCUGCUCGCCUCGUGGACCACGAACCUGCUGCCCGCGCUCAUGCACCGCGUGGUCGUCCCGGCGGGGGCAUACGCGCGCGCCCGCGGCCGCCACUGCGUCGCCUUCUUCUGCCACCCGGACGACGGCGCCACGCUGCCACAGCUGCAACUGCCGGCGCUCGCCCCCGCACCCGCCCCGCCCGUCUUCACCCCCCACACCCACCUCACCCUGCACCACCGCCUGCUGAACGCCGCCCACCACCUGCAGAAGCGCUUCAGGGAGACGUACGCG